AUGUCUAAUAAAGACGACUAUGAAAACCUAGAAGUUGCCAGGGGAGCCGUCAGCGACCCAGUGAGGAUAGGACUAAACAAGGACGGGGACGAGUCGUUCUUCGCGCGAGUGAACACACUGAAAGACAAGGUGGCAGAGCUGGUGCUUCUUGACGAACAGGCAGCUGAAGCUCACAAAAAAGCGGCAGCCGAUAAUAAAACCUUAAAUAUGGCAGCAGAUAUGCUUAAAGAAGUGGAGGACCGUCAACGAGUAAUGCUAGCGAAUAAUGAACACUGCUUUUCGGAAGAAACUCAU